CAUUCAUUUAUCACUUUUCAGAAACAUGCCGCGAGAAUGGAUGUUAAUAUGUGCUCAGUUGGCCAUGCUCUUCUCUGGUGCUUUUGGCAACGCCUUUGUAGCAAGGAACAAUUAUGGAACGAUAUCAGUCGUAGGACCAGCUUUUGUGAACAGGGAGGUAACGCUGAAUGCGACACCGUUCUACCCCUGGGUAUGUGACGUAGAAUGGAAGUACAUAAUGGACAAGGGCACACAAGUCCAAACAAUUAAUGGGACACUAGUGAAAAGAUAUUCGGAAAAUGGGUCAUUCUUUUUAAAAUGGACGGCUUCAGGUGAAUAUAACAGAGCUAAGUUCUACGCCGAAUGUUCAGCAAAUACAACAAUUAGAACACAUAUGACAUCUUUAAAUAUGAAAGAUAUUGUUGGGCAAUGUGGAGCUAUUGGGCUUCUAAGUCCUGUUGUUCUAGGCGCGGACGUCAAGCUUGGAUACUUCCCGGCAGACCAUUAUAUACAUCAUAACCAAUCAUACAAUACACGAACAUGGAAGAAAUACACGGACGAGAAACCGCUACGAGAAAUUCCUUAUGUAGACGAAAAAGUGUCGGAAUAUUUGUACAUAUUAACUAUAUUUAGAUUCAACGAAAGUGACGAAGGAACGUAUGUUUUAAAUUGCAAAUUAGCUGGCAACUCGAAUUCUUUGCAGCUUCAUAUUGCAGAUCGACCUAGCUACCCAGUCAUAGGUCCAAAAUUCCCUGAAUCUAAUACAAUAGAAUGCAUUUAUGUUUAUCGAGGCUCCGACUUUUAUUGCAAAACAAUCAAUGGAACAGAACCCGUACAAGUGGUACUUCUACUAGGACAUGAUUCAUUCAUUCUUUCUGAGGAAAAGCGGAACAAAGGGUUGUACACAUUCCAUAACGUUCAUCAAGAAAUGGCUGGACGGUCAAGACUUAAUGUGACAUGCCAAGUUUCAAAUGAAGCCCUUGAAACACCAUUCGAAGUGCACGGCAUUCUAUGUAGUGUUGAGAUAGGAAGCACACCCGUUCUUAAAGUUCCUGAAAUCAUUGAAGGCGAAAAUUCGGUAGCAAUUUGUAAAGUUUCCAAUGCAUUCCCAGCUCCUGCAAUAGAAAUACGCGUUGCCAAUAUUUUGCUAGCCAAUGUUCAACGAAACGAUUCGUUUAAUGGAUAUUCCCAUAUGUUUACCAGCACAGCAACGGUGGCAUUGACCAACAAGUGGAAUGGAAAAGAAAUGUGCUGCACCAGGACAAGCAAAUACAAUUUUGGUCUAAAAAUUGAGUCAGUUUGUGAAAACAUUCCAAUGGAAUUUUGUCCGACUUUAAAUUUGAACAAGAAAUCACCUCUUGAUUUACCUCCGAAUAAAACAGUGGUCGUAAAUUGUACUGUGGAUGACUGCAAUGCUAAUGGGUUAUGGACGCUUUGGUGGGAAGAUGAACAUAACUCUAUAAUAAAGACCUGUAACAGAACGAAGGAAUGCCUGUUAACACUGAAUUAUACGAAAGAAGGAGAAAAGACGUACAAAUGCAGCGCAAGGAAACAUCAGGAUCUUUUGAACAUUUCAUUGACAGUUUUAAGUUCAAGGAUCGGUGGUAAUAAACACCAUGAAAGUGCCGAUCAGAUAUUUUCGUCAACAUUCCGAUUUCCUGUCACCAUAGUACUUAUUGGAACAGGCAUUUUCUGUGUACUUUGCAUCCUGCUUAUUAUCGGAGGAUGUGUAUUUCUUAAGCGGCGAAAGGUGAACGAAGUCAACACAAUAGAAAUUGAUGAAAAUAAUAUCGACACCAUGACGGACAAUGGCAUGCUACAUAUAGCAAUGGAAGGAGUCCAGUACGCAGUCGUGCAGAGGCAGGCGGCUACACAGAGGAUUGAACCGCAGAACCAACGUGAUGACGACAGCCUCGCGUACGCCGACUUGGAUAUCAAUUUCUUACAAGAGGCUAACGCCAGAGUUUCGUCAAGGAUAAAUAACACGCCGACAGAAUAUGCUGACAUUGAGAUUUCCUCAACACAGGAUCCUGAUAAAGAAGAGUGUGCGUACCAAAAUGCACCAGACGAGUGUUGAUCUAGAUCCAAGACCAAACGAGUGUCGUCAGUGACCAGCAGCUUUGGCUCUUAUAAAUAAGACAUUACAAUUACUCAAACAUGUUU